GCCCUGUCAGCCGUUAUAUAUGACGAGUAAACGUGAAAAACCCACCACGCCCUAUGUGUUCACACUCACAUGGACCAACAGCAUCCUUCCAUAUACCUGCUCGGGUGCACCCAUCUUCCGGGAGGAGGAGGAGGAGGCAGCGACUAUAAAAUGUGUCCUACAGGCUGCUUCAGCAUCAGCUCCUCCCCACUGCUCCUGGGGCUUAACUACUUUCUGUGAGCACUGCACCUGAGUCAGAAGUCACCAUGAGCUCAUUUCGCUCUGGAAUAUCCGGGCUGACCCUGUUCUCACAGCCAUCAGUGCCAGGCCCCCGGCGGCCUGCCAGCGUCUAUGGCGGUUCAGGCGCUAAAGGCGUCCGGGUGUCGUACGCCUCCAGCUUAGGCUCCGGCUUUGACCUGGCAGAUGCGUACGGAGGUGACAGCAACAGCAGUUUCAAUGGCAAAAUCACCAUGCAGAACCUCAAUGACCGCCUGGCCAGCUACCUGGAUAAGGUGCGCAUGCUGGAGGGCGCCAAUCAGCAGCUGGAGCUUCAGAUCCGCCAGUGGUACGCCCAGCAGACCCCCACUGUCAGGGACUACAGCAGGUAUGAGGCAAUCAUAGACGACCUGCGCAAGAAGAUAAGUGAUGCCUCCCAGAACAAUGCCAGGCUGAUGCUGCAGAUUGACAAUGCCAAACUGGCAGCAGAGGACUUUAGAAUCAAGUUUGAAAAUGAGCUGGCACUGCGCAUGUCGGUAGAGGCGGACAUUGCCGGACUGCGCAAGGUCCUGGAUGACCUGACCUUGGCCCGGUCUGACCUGGAGAUGCAGGUGGAGGGCUUGAAGGAGGAGCUGGCCUUCAUGAAGAAGAACCAUGAAGAGGAGCUUACAGCCAUGCGGAACCAAGUUAAUUCCAGCUCUGUGAAUGUGGAGGUGGACGCCAAGCCCCAGGAUGACCUGAGCAGGACCAUGGAAGAUAUCAGGACUCAGUAUGAGGGUAUUACUGAAAAGAAUCGCAGAGAAAUGGAGGCCUGGUACAAGGUGAAGUUCGAUGAACUGAACAAAGAAGUGGUCUCCGCCACAGAAACCCUCCAGACCUCUCGCACUGAGAUCAGCGAGCUCAAGAGGACCCUGCAGGCCCUGCAGAUUGAGCUGCAGUCUCAGCUCAGCCUGAAAUCUGCCAUGGAGGGCACACUGGCAGAGACUGAGUCCCACUACAACCAGCAGCUGACCCAGCUGCAGGACAUGGUCAACACCCUGCAGAACGAGCUCAGCCAGGUGAAGGCGGACAUCGAGAGACAAGGUGCAGACUACCGGAUGCUUCUUGACAUCAAGACCAGGUUGGAGAUGGAGAUCGCUGAGUACAGAAGGCUGCUGGAUGGAGAGGAUCACAAGAAAACUGUUGUCACAAGCACAAACAUAAACAGAAGCAUGAACACAAACAUGCAAAGGGGUCAAGUCAAAGAAAUCGAAGAAGAAAAACGUCAACCAGUCAAAAGCGUGAGGAAGAAGGUCCUGAUUGAGGAGAUCGUUGAUGGAAAGGUGGUGUCCCUCACAGAACAUCUGGAGCCAGAGGUUUUUAUAAAGUAGCCAGACUGGCUCCUAAAAGAUAUGUCUCAGAUAGUACAUAAAAAAGGUCUUCCUGUGCUCUUAAGUCUCCAGAUCUGAAAUCUGCCCUGAUAUCCAUCAUAUUAUUAUUUCUGCAGUGUGGAUAUUUUGCGUAAUUGUCAGAAAAAAUAACCAAUAAAAUGCUUUUAAAUGUGUAAGAAAAAUGUGUAAAUGGAUAUAGAAGCAGAUAUUUUAUAUAAGCUCCACUGAAAACAACUGUACUACCCAUUGCUCUUCAGCCUGCCCUCUGAAUGACCUAACUUAGCACAAGUGGCACUGUGAGCAUCAGAAAGAAAAUGUCUCUUCACUGUCUGUUCUUCGGAUUGAAUGGAUACACAGUGAUUAAAGAAAGGCCCUGUCCCCUAUCUGAUAUGUAUUUUUUCACAGCACAUGUUUGUGCAUGUUAUGACAAUGAUGACUAUAUGUUAAAGGUGUCACAUGUAGCAGUUUAAAAAAAGGAAAUUACUGUUGUCAAAUUAAAUGUUACCAAUUACAAUUACCAUAAACAAGGUAGACCUUUGUCAAGAUUAUUGGGAUUGUUUGUGAUGUAACUGUUUCUCUAAUAUAAGACCACAUUUCCCAUACAAUGUUUGUGCUUUAAAAGGGUUACUUUCAGGGGUUUUGGGUUAGGGUAAAUAAAAAUCAGCCUUCUACUUGUUUCAGCUCUCACUGCACAAACAUUUAAAAGCCGUAAAGUAGGAUAUAUAUUGUGUUCAGUGUAGCUUUAUUUCUGUUACAGUUAUAAGAAUAUAUAAUAAGAUAGAUCCUGUUGUGCUGCUGCAGUGUUAUUUAAACACUCAUAGCAACUCACAGUAUUACAGCUUUACCUGCUUUAUGAUUUAUGCCAAUAUUUGUAAAAGCCCACACUGAGAGAGUCUGAGUUAAUUUAACCACAAGGAGCUGACUGUGUAAUUCCAGUACUUUGUUCUACUUUUCUGCCAUGGCGCUGUUUGCUCCUAGCAGUAUUUACAUUGUCAGUGAAUCUGGCCAGUAUAAAGUAUGAUCUCAGUAAAGGAGAAAUAACACUUACACAUA